AUGCAACGCAAAACUUCUCGCGUAAUUAGAUAUCUAAAUUAUGAUAUACCAGAUUUGAACGAAUACAAACGAGAAAUGGUUACGCUGCAUAUUGCCUUCAGGAAUGAAGAUGAUGAUAUUUUGGCAGAUGCAAAGUAUAUCAGUAUCUACAAUCAAUAUGAAGAUAUUAUUUUGCAUAGAAGACGAGAAUUUGAAUCGGAUUUAGACAUUCAAAAAACAAAAGAUAUUUGUAGACAACUUUGCAGAGAAAAUGAUAGUGACGAUGAAGAAGUUGAAAAUUUUGUAAACAUCUUACCCGAGGAGAACCGUUUCGAUCAGCUUUUGAAUAAUCCUAAUUCGGAUGCCAACGAUGAUAUUCGUUUAGCGACGCUCAAUAAACUUUCUGCGAUAGUAAAAAAAAAAACAAAAUCUGAUGGACAAUAA